GGUGGUCCCCCGACGCGUGCGCUUUUCCGGCGAAUUUCACGAAUCCAUUGAAGUCUUCUGUAGACUUUCCCGAUGAUAUGUGGUGUGUGUUGUAAAUUUCCUCGUUUACUUCAUGUUUUGUGUUGGAAUUAACUUUAGUUUGGUGUUUUGUUCGAUUUGGAAGUGAAGCGACCACUCUCUGCAAUAGCUGUACACGAUAUGAAAUAACAGCAAAGUUUCACCAACGACAAGACUAAAGACGACAUUAAGAGCUGCAAUUCUAAUUUGGCACCGUCCUACCAAUAGCCCCUAAAAUGGAUCGUUCUUGGUUAUUUUUCCAGACGACGGCGUCGAACUAUUGGGACUGGCGCUAUAAAAUGUCCCGUCUGUCUCAAUUCUACACCGUUGAGGUGGGCGACACCAAAUUCACCAUAUUGAAGAGGUACCAAAAUCUGAAACCGAUUGGUUCAGGAGCACAAGGAAUCGUUUGUGCUGCUGUCGAUACUGAAACCCAACAAAAUGUAGCGAUUAAGAAAUUGAGUAGGCCGUUUCAAAAUGUGACGCACGCCAAAAGGGCGUAUCGCGAAUUCAAGCUCAUGAAAUUAGUUAAUCAUAAAAAUAUUAUCGGACUUUUGAAUGCAUUUACGCCUCAAAGGUCCUUAGAAGACUUCCAAGACGUUUAUUUAGUGAUGGAAUUAAUGGACGCAAAUCUAUGUCAAGUCAUACAAAUGGAUUUAGAUCAUGAAAGGAUGAGUUAUCUCCUUUAUCAAAUGCUUUGCGGUAUUAAACAUUUACAUUCAGCUGGUAUUAUACAUAGGGAUCUCAAACCAAGCAAUAUUGUAGUUAAAUCAGAUUGUACAUUGAAAAUUUUAGACUUUGGUCUUGCACGUACUGCUGGUACUACGUUUAUGAUGACACCGUAUGUGGUAACUAGGUAUUACAGAGCACCGGAGGUUAUCUUAGGUAUGGGAUAUACGGAAAAUGUGGACAUAUGGAGCGUUGGAUGUAUCAUGGGUGAGAUGAUCAGAGGAGGUGUACUAUUUCCUGGUACUGAUCACAUAGACCAAUGGAAUAAAAUUAUAGAGCAAUUGGGUACGCCAUCGCAACAAUUCAUGAUGCGAUUACAGCCCACCGUUCGCAAUUAUGUCGAAAAUCGGCCCCGUUUCACGGGCUUCCCCUUCGACAAGCUCUUCCCCGAUGUACUGUUUCCCUCCGAUAGUAGCGAACACAAUCGACUGAAAGCGAGUCAAGCAAGAGAUUUAUUAUCGAGAAUGCUUGUCAUCGAUCCGGAACGUAGGAUAUCGGUCGACGAUGCGCUUCUCCAUCCAUACAUCAACGUCUGGUAUGACGAACAAGAAGUGAAUGCGCCUGCUCCUGGACCCUACGAUCAUAGUGUCGAUGAAAGGGAACACACUGUCGAACAAUGGAAGGAACUUAUCUACCAAGAAGUUAUGGAAUAUGAAAGUUCGCGCGGAAGAGGCGCCUCCAGUUCACAACCAAGUCCCGCAUCUAAUUCUAUCGAGCCAAAUGGGACGGAUUCAAUGCGGUAGAAAAGGAUUUUGGAUAUAAAGCACAAGAUGCAAUUUAAGCUAGUCUAAACUAUAAUAUUAUUGAAAUUAUUACUGAUAUAAAGCCCACCAUUAAGUAGAUACCAAACAGACAGAGAGUAUAGUGAGCUGUGUUUGUUAUUGACGACAGUGAGUAUAAGACUUCACACGGGUCCCUUUUUUCUAUCAACCGGAACUUUAUAUAAUAUCCUUAAUCAGUAUGUGUGAUAUGAUAACUUAAGACUAAUUUGUAUUUGAAUUGUUUUUGUUUUUUCAAACUUUUGUCUUUUUACCAAAUAAAUAAGAUUAAAGCAACGUAUUUUUGCAACAUACAGAUAUACGAAGCAUUGUUUGAAGAAGGAACGUCGUUUUUAGACAAUCAUUCAGUUCGUUUGGUUCCCAUUCAAAAUACAAAUUAGUAAUAAAUGUAUAACAAAAUAAUAAAUAUUAGGUAGUACCUAGUUAUUAUGAUUAUCGGUAGUUUUGUUUAAUAUCAUUAUUUAUUUUCUCUUUAUUCAAAUGCAAUAUUUUUUCUAUCGUUAGGUUUAACUUAUUUUUGCUCUUUUUCAAAUUUUAUAGUUAUAUAUAGACAUAUAAAUAGAAUUAGCGACUAUAACCAUUUGAAAUUAAGGUAGGAGCAUCAAAUUGUUUACAUAAUUUGCACACAAAUUGUGUGAAACUAGAGAAAAACAAUUACAAUAACUUUAUGUACUUGUGAACAUCCGAUCCAAAAAAAAACAACUGUAAAAAGUGACAAUUAGUGAAUUUUAUAGGUGGAUUUUUUGUUGUUAAUUACCGUUUUGUUGUGUUUUUGAAACGAUAAAUUUAUUUAUUCGUGCAAUGUGUGAACGUCGGAGGCGCUCACAUUUUUGUUUCAAUUUUAGGUUUUUUAUAGUGAUUAAAUCAUGAAUGUGCAAAGACUUUGAAAGAAAAAAUAAGAUAGAGUCGAGUUGUGAAGUUUGAUUAUUUUUUUUUACAAUUUAUUGAGACGGCAAUUCUAUUCCUUUUUCUCUUUUUCAUGAAUAAUGUAAAUAACUUCUCAAUUAGAAUUAUUUAAUUUUUCGACUUUCCACUUGUUCUUAAAUAAAAAAUAAAGCGUUUUAGACGACAAAUUGCAAAUCAGUAGAAUGUUUUCGUGUAGGUGGUAUCACCUUUUAUUCAGUUCUUGUUCUUUUUCGAAUCACACAGACUAGUGUUUUACCGGUUUACAACAAGAUUAUUAAAACACGUUUAGUAAUUUAUAGUAUACAAUGCUUGUAUUGUUCUGCUUUGUAAAUAAAAUAAACAAAGUAAACUGA